CUUGGAUCCCGCCAAAAAAACUCCGACCAAUAGAAAUAAUUAAAUCAUCCUGACAAAUAGAUCUCCGCCGCGAGUGCUGUUCCGGUGCAGAUCCAUUCCCCUUACCGAAAAUAAACAAAAAGAGAGAUCCCCCCGGCAUGAUGUAUGGGAGAAAAGGGUAUCAGCUGGUUAAAGAUUUUGCCAGCGGGGAGAAAGGCCUCCUCAAACCUUUCAAUAGCAAGCUUUUUGACGAGACAAUAGAAGAAUGCGAGCAGAAUCACGGUCUCAUCCAGUCUCUCAUAACGAAAAUGCAACAAGAAGGGUUGGAUGUUCAAAACAACAGAAACGCUGACCACUAUGGAGCACUUGUUCAUCACCUUUCUCUCACCCGCAACAAGCGCUGCCUCAUGGCCUAUGUGCACAAUAGAGCAGAGAUUGUUCGUGAUUUGGCGUGGAGAGUUGGUCUUGUACUUCUCGAACUUCCACCUGAUAUCCAAGAGAAACUCACCGCACUUGAGAAGGACUACUUCAAGAACCAUUCCAAAGCUAUCAAAUCGUACAUGGGGAAGCUAGGAAUCGAGUUGAAUGUCGAUAUGGUGCCUCCAAAAGAUCCUUACAUCAAGAUCAGAGUUGUGGGAGAUAUCGACCAAGGAAUUAUGAUGAGUGAUAAGACAACAAAUUUUACCCGUCACUCUAUGCAUUUCCUCAAACGAACUGAUGCAGAACCUUACAUUGCUCGGAACCAGUUAACUUAUCCGCCUUGUUUAAUUGGUGGGAAGAUUUAAAAUACUGCUAGCAAGCAUUAGCUUAUUCAAAUAGGUAGAAACACGUUGUUUAUAGCCUGCUAAUGAUAAAAUAAAAAUUAUAUCUAAAGAAAGGGAAACAAGAGUUUUCUUGGAAGUAGGAAGUGUAGUAGGGUUUAAAAUCGAUGUAAAGAUGAAUGUUAGUGUAGUGUGACCCUUGGAGUUUCCUCAAGAAUACUGGCAAACCAUUGUUAUGGUUUCUUUGGUCGACCAUUAGCUUUGAGUUUUUGAUGCUUUUUUCAUGAUAUGCAACUAUCAUUGCACUUUUUCC